AUGAAGCUGGACAAGUUUGUGAAGGUGAAGAAGGCCAUGGAUGACAUGGUGUUCGCCCUGCAGAAGGAGCAGGAAGACGAGGUGACGCAGAAAGACUAUUGCGUCGAGGAAUUCCGUGAGAACAAGCUGAAGGCGGAAGGGAAGACCCGCCUUAAAGCCACGUUGGUGGCCAAGGAGAAUGCCAUCGACAUCGAAACGCCGAAGACGGAGCAGGAGACCUACGAGUCGGAGGUGGCCGAGAUGCAGAAGCAGUUGAAGCUGGCAGGCCAGAACCGAGAGAAAGAGAACACGCAGUUUCAGAAGGUCAUCACGGAGCAGCGUGAGACGCAGAGGCUCCUCAAGGAGGCGCUCGUGGUGCUUGGAAAGUUCUACAACAAGGAGUCCCUCAUCCAGGUUCACGCCGAGGCCGGUCCGGAGUCACCGGGCGGCUUCGAGGACUACAAAAGCAACGGCAAGAGCUUCGGCGUCAUGACGAUGCUCCAGACGCUCGUUGAGGACUCGGCAGCCAUGGAGAAGGAGGCAAUCCGGGCUGAGAAGAGCGCACAGAAGGCCUACGAGGCCUUCGCUGCCGACACCACGGACUCCGUGGCGAAGAAGGAAGCAGCGAUUGCCAGCAAGAAAGCUGAGAAGGCCAAGCUGAAGAAGACCCUGACCCAGACUCGCAAGGCCCGCAAGGGGGCGGAAAAGUCGUUGGACAGCCUUGCGCAGACGAAGGCGGAGCUCCACGAGAGCUGUGACUUUCUGCUGGCGAACUUCGAUGCCCGCCAGGCAGCGCGCGAGGACGAGAUGGACUCGGUCAAGAAGGCCAAGGCUAUCCUCUCCGGAGCCACUUUCGCCGAGAUCCAGCUUGACUGA